UCCCGCUGCUGGAGGGAGGCGGCGGUGAAGCAGCAGAGAAAAUGGCGGCCAUGGCUGCGGAGGCGGCAGCGACUGCAGCGGUGCCGGGCGAUGGGGGGGCUGGCGAAGCUGAGCCCGAGAUGGAGCCUAUCCCGGGCAGCGAGGCCGGCGCGGACCCUCUUCCUGCCGUCACCGAGGCCGUGGAGUCGGUGGUGCCUGAUGGGGAGGAGGCCGAUGGGGGGAAGGUUGCUCCCGGCGAGGCCGAGGAGCCGCCGCCUGUGCAGCUCGCCCGGAGCCCGGCCGGGACUCGAGAGCCGGAAGCUGAGAGGAGGACGGAGAAGCUGCCGUCCUCCACCCCGGAGGUGGGCUCGCCCCAGGCCGAGCACCGGGGAGCGCCCAGCCCGGAGUCCGCGGAGGAGCCGCAGCCCUGCCCGCCGCCUGCUGGGCACCCUGAACUUCCCGAGGAGGAGCCGCAGCCCUGCCCGCCGGCUACUGGGGGCUCCGCGGAGCCGGAGCCCGGGGAGGAGCCGUCCCGGCCGGAGGAGGAGGAGCCGGAUGCUGCUGAUGCCGCCGCCGUCGAGCCCAAGUCCCCGGUGCCCGUGGCUCCGGCCGGAGGGGAGGCGGAGGCUCCGCUGCUGCCUGGCUCCGAGGUGCGGGUCACCCUGGAUCACAUCAUCGAGGACGCCCUGGUGGUCUCGUUCCGGCUGGGAGAGAAGCUUUUCUCUGGGGUCCUCAUGGACCUCUCUAAAAGGUUUGGACCCCAUGGAAUCCCUGUGACCAUAUUUCCUAAAAGGGAAUACAAGGAUAAACCUGAAGCCAUGCAGCUCCAAAGCAAACCAUUCCAAGACGAGGCACAGGUGAAGUGUGAAUCUAAUGCUGCAGUCCCUGAUGACUCUUCCCUCGCGCAGCCAUCAGAACCUAGCAUAGCUAAAAGCCUAUGGACUUCUAAACCACCUCCUCUCUUUCAUGAGGGAGCGCCAUAUCCUCCUCCUUUGUUUAUCAGGGACACGUAUAACCAGUCAAUACCUCAGCCUCCACCCCGGAAAAUUAAGCGGCCCAAACGUAAAAUGUACAGGGAGGAACCCACUUCUAUCAUGAAUGCUAUCAAACUACGACCCCGGCAGGUCUUAUGUGACAAGUGCAAAAACAGUGUUGUUGCAGAAAAAAAGGAAAUUAAAAAAGGUGGCAAUGCAAGUGACUCUUCAAAAUAUGAGGAUAAUAAAAAACGAAGAAAUGAGAGUGUGACUACUGUGAAUAAAAAACUUAAGACUGAUCAUAAAGUGGAUGGAAAAAGCCAAAAUGAAAGCCAGAAAAGGAAUGCUGUGGUCAAGGUUUCAAAUAUUGCCCACAGCAGAAGCAGAGUAGUUAAAGUUUCCGCACAAGCAAAUACUUCAAAAGCGCAGUUAAAUACAAAAAAAGUUCUCCAGAGCAAAAACAUGGAUCAUGCGAAAGCUCGGGAAGUCUUGAAAAUGGCCAAAGAAAAGGCACAAAAGAAGCAGAGUGCAACCUCCUCUUCCAAAAAUGCACAUUCAAAGGUCCACUUCACGCGGCGUCUUCAGAACACCAGCUCAGGUUCCCUCCCACCCCGAUUGCGUUUAAAGCCACAAAGGUAUCGGAAUGAAGAAAAUGACUCUUCUCUCAAGACAGGACUUGAGAAAAUACGGAGUGGCAAGAUGGCAACUAAGCCCCAGUCUCGCUGCUCCUCCACCCGCUCAGCAGGUGAGGCCCCUUCAGAAAAUCAGAGCCCCUCAGAAGGCCCUGAAGAGGCUGGCAGUGAGGUUCAGGACACAAGUGAAGUGCAUGUAACUGUUGAUCAGGAUGAACACCAGACAUUGGGCAAGAGAGGCAGCAAAAGCAAUAUAACGGUUUACAUGACCCUUAAUCAAAAGAAAUCUGACUCUUCCAGUGCAUCAGUUUGUAGUAGUGAUAGCACAGAUGAUUUGAAAUCUACCAACUCUGAGUGUAGCUCUACUGAAAGCUUUGAUUUUCCUCCAGGCAGCAUGCAUGCACCUUCCUCCUCCUCCUCCUCCUCUUCAAAGGAAGAGAAAAAGCUCAGUAAUUCCUUGAAAACGGAAGUCUUUUCCAAAAACGUCUCUAAAUGUGUCACACCAGAUGGCAGGACCGUAUGUGUAGGGGACAUUGUUUGGGCCAAGAUUUAUGGCUUCCCUUGGUGGCCAGCCCGUAUUCUUACCAUAACUGUGAGCCGGAAAGAUAAUGGCCUUUUAGUUCGACAGGAGGCUCGUAUCUCAUGGUUUGGCUCCACAACAACAUCUUUUCUUGCUCUUGCACAACUGUCCCCCUUUUUAGAAAGCUUCCAGUUGCGCUUUAAUAAGAAGAGAAAGGGUCUUUACCGCAAGGCCGUCACAGAGGCAGCUAAGGCUGCUAAGCAGCUGACUCCCGAAGUUCGGGCCCUGCUGACACAGUUUGAAACGUGAACUUGGAAAGUAAGGUCUCAACAAAUGGCAGCAUUUUACAUCAGACUGACGAGUCCUGCUGCUCCCUUACAGUGUCUGACAGACCACUGUGGAUUCACACUGGGGGCACUGAAGUUAUCAGUGACAUUGGCGGGUCUGUCUGGUUUAAGCCCUGCCUAAAGUGAAGGGUGCACUAUGCUAUCAACUAAUCAUAUGCAAAGCAGGUUAGAACAGAGGUAACGAGCUACCUGUUAUUUUACUUCCCUCUUCUAUUUUGAACGCUUCGGAUACAGCUGUUCUCCCUCAUCUAACCUGAAGUCAGGAUUGAUAUACGUUUUCUUGAAAAGAUCUACACUGAAUUUCUCUUUAGGCUUGCCUCUUGAAGUUUGCAUUACAUAAUCGGAUGAAAUAACUUGAUGAGUAUAAUGUAAACAUUAAAAAAAAAAAAAAAAGAAAAAAAAUAAAGAUUUUUUUAGUCCCUAAACCAGCAAUCCUCAAACUUUUUUGCUAUGGGGAUCACAUCUUAGUAGGAUCUACCUUGUGGGCAGUUCAUCUGCUGCCUGUGAUUGUAGGCACAGCUUCUUGCCUUUGCUGACGUGUAAAAGUAAAAUCAGCAAAGAAUUUAGUAACAUUUUAGUCUUUUUAAAGAAGUUGAGUAUCUGAAACAAGGAAAAGAAUUGAAAACAUGAGCAGGAAGACCUUGGUGAGAAAAUCGCAGAUGACAUAUGGACCAGAGUUAGGGAGUCAUUCUCCUAGGAAAGUGAUGUUUGGGGUUUUGGGGUUUUUUUCCUCCUUUCCAAAGCCCUGAUCUGAGGGAGUAACACUUAACAAGCAUGCUUAAUUUUCAGUGUGUGCCUAAGUCCAUAAGGAAAUUUAAAGCACAUGUUGAAAGCCAAGCAGAUUCUGAAUAUCGUUGGGAAUUCUAUCCCAAAUAUGUAUUUACUACUUAGAUCUGUCGUGGAUGUGUGCAUGUCUCUUCUUUUUUUUUUUUGACAGGGAGAGGAAAUAGGACCGUGAGGAGAACAUACAGUUGCUGUAAAGGGAGCUUGAUUUACAUGAAAAAGUCAUAAUUUUUACUUUAUUAACAUUAAAAAGUAUGAUCCACUACCAUACUAUUGCAUUAGGUCUGGGAUUAGAAAUUUGAUAGGCAUUGGUUUCAGUUUUUUAUAAACUGAGAUUUGCUGCUGGUAAAACAGAACACUGGACCCCAAUAGAGCAUAAGAUUGGUAACAUUUCCGGAGUCACUAGGGAUGGCGUGUAAGUGUCAGUGGGAGAAGCGGAGCUCCUGGUGCUCACUAAGGGCCCUCAGGAGUCUCUCAACGGUAAGAACUGAAGACUAAAAGAGAGCUGUAGGACCUGACACGGGCAGGAACACCAGAGGCAGGUUUGUAACGAACAGACUUUGCCAAGUAUUGAUUCUGAAAAUCACUGCAACGGCAUCGAUUGUUAAGUUGGUAGAUGGAGUGUGAAAAGUAAAACUGCCUGCCAUCAGAAUGAGGGAACACCCGUGUGACAGUGAACUGGCCGUUUCCUUAGACCUGCUAGUAGUUGUAUGCGUGCUCAGAUAACUGAACCAAAUUCUCAUCCUCUUUAUUUCUUUGUAGAUCACAGAAGUUUGCUGGCUAGUAAUAGCAUCACUGAGGCUUAAAUUUGGAAGUGCGGGUGUUUGGACAUACCGGCUGAACUGUCAUCCAACUUUUUAUGGGAUUUUUGAUAUUUCUGAGUAGAGUUUGGUUCUCUAUAUAUACUACAAAAGCUUCUCUUUGCAAGACUUCGUGGAUACAUGAUGCUAAUUUAAUAUUAAUCUUAUUUUGGAGAAUUUCUUAUUGGCCAUCUGCUUUAAUACCCAAUGUCGGUUGUUUUGCAGCCUGGAAUACUGUGGUGUUUACUUACUGUUGGUGCAGGUAACUACUAUUGAAUACAGCAGAACUUUGUCUAGCAUCCUUCUUCUUGUAGAGGCUCUGCAGGUUUCUCUCAUGCAUCUUGGAGUGGACCAUAGCUAAAUUAGGUUUAAUUAUGUAUCAAUUCUGAGUAUCAUACCCAAAUGAGGACCUAUUGGGUAUUGGAAUGAAUGCCUGGUAGUCUACUGUCAGCAUCCAACGGCUCAUUGCCUGGAUCUGUUAAAUUUCAUGAUUAGUUCUCAUUGCUUCUGUUUCAACUUUUCCAAAAUUUCAUUCCUAUUUUAAUUCUACUGCAUUCUAUAGGAUAUAAAAUGAAUUAUUUUUCUUUGGUUUAUGUUGUCCUUUUGGGGCAUGGUGAGUAACUGAGCAAUUGAGAAACUCCAAAGUUAUCACCUUUGUCUUCUCCAACUCCUCUUGUGGUAGGAUCGUUUCCACAAACUCCUCUCUGUACUUCUCUUUUUUUUUUUUUUAUAUUUCUUUUUGAUAUUAUUUAGAACAGUUGCCUGUUUAGAAAGAACUUUAGGGUUUUCCUGUCCAUGCUAUGAGUCUCUCUUAAAAAAUUCAGUUGUGUUAUUCACAGUGCUGUUGUCAGUACUGGAAAAUGUAGAUGUACCUCUCAAAUAAUCCUAGCAAUCAAAAGCUCAACAGAAUGGGUUGAAUCCAUUCCUCAAAAGGAAUCAACAAGACUGGUCUGGUCUGUUGGAACCUUUUCUGUUCUCCUGUGUGUUUUUUGAGCAAAGGGGUUGGAGCAGAUGAUCUCCAGAGGUCUUCUCCAACUUUGGUUAGUCUAGACCAGCGUUUUCUCCUCAAGAGGCAGGUCAGACUGUGCUGGUUCUGCGCUACCUGAAAUGCUUACUGACUGGUGGUGGUCUCAUGCCAUAGAGAGUUGGACUUGGACUGCUUCUAUCUGCUUUAUCACCGUUUUAUUCCAGUUCUUUGGAGCAAAUGGGAAAACACAAGCAAUAAUGGAAAGGAAACAGAAUUAGCAGCUUUAUACUUCAGUGCUGCCGUGCACACUUUGGUCUUGCAUGUGGAA